AUGGGUCUCACCUGUCACCGUAAAAUGUCGCUUCACAUCAUCAUCGUCGGCGCUGGAAUCGCCGGGCUGUCAGCAGCUGUCUCUUUGCGACGAACUGGUCACCGGGUAGAGAUCUACGAGCGCACAUCAGCAAACAACGAAGUCGGAGCCGCCAUCACCGUACCCCCUAACGCAUCUCGCUUUCUCCUUGAAUGGGGACUUGACCCAGUCGCCGAACGCUUUGUCAAGGCAGAUGAAAUGGCCUUUCUCGACCCUCUUACUUUGAACACUCUGUUUGCUGUUCCUCAAGAACAAAAUCGCGCCCGAUAUGGCUAUGACCUGUGGCUUUCCCACCGUGUCGACUUGCAUGCUUGGUUCAGGAGGAAGGCGACAGCAGUUGAGGGGCCUGGAACUCCAGUGGUACUUCACUUGCAGCGUGCAGUUGUGCGAUAUGACCCUGCCACUCCCUCCAUCACCCUCGCCGACGGAGGUGUACUCUCUGCCGAUCUUGUCGUCGGAGCAGAUGGGGUUCACUCACUAGCCACGGAGGUGGUGCUAGGGUGCAAGAUUGAGCCAUCGCCCUCUGCCUAUUACAACACCUGUUUCCGUUUUCUGAUUCCAGCCGCUUCUUUGGCUGAAGACCCUGAAACUCGAUGGUGGCAUGAAGACGAGCACAGUAGGAAGGUUAGCAUGCGGAUUAUCACCCACAAUGCAACAAGUAGAAGGAUAGUUUCGUAUCCAUGUCGAGAGUAA